AUGGCUCACCCUCACAUCGCAGAACGGUCCUUCGGGUACGUGGACCCCAACUUCCCCAACCCGGGGGGCAAGAACGACACCUCGAUCAUCAUCUACGGGUACACACCGUCGAUCGCGCUGGCAGCGUUCGCAGCCAGCUGGUUCUUCGUGCACCUGGUCUGGCACACGGCGCAGACGUGGCGGCUGCGCAGCUGGUGGUGGGCGACGUUCUCGGUGGGGCUGGUGUUCGAGAUCAUCGGCUACAUCGCGCGCAGCCUGUCGGCGAAGAAAGACCCAUACCAUCUGAUCUACUUCGUGCUCAACUACUUCUUCAUCGUUACGGCGCCCGUGUUCCUGGCCGCGGGCAUCUACACGAUCCUGUCGGCCCUGAUCCCCGUGCUGGGCCGCCAGCACGCCCUCUGCCCGCCCAGCCUCAUCCUGUUCUUCUUCAUCACCUCCGACGUCAUCUCCACCGUCGUCCAGAUCGCCGGCGCCGUGCUGGUCGGCGUCCGCGAGUCGCGCCAGCAGGACCCCUCCGUCGCCAACAACAUCCUGCUCGGCGGCCUCGCCUACCAGGUCUUCGCCAUGACCAUCUUCAUCGUGCUCGCCGCCGUGUUUUUGGUUCGCGCCCGCGUCGCCAUGCGCGACGGCGGGUACACCCGCUUCUGUCUGGUUUUUGCACUGGCCACGCUUAUGGUCUACCUGCGGACUAUCUUUCGGCUGGCGGAGACGGCGGAAGGGCUUCUGUCGAACCUCGCGACGCAUGAGGUGUAUUUUGCGUGUCUGGAGUUCGCGCCCAUCGCACUGGUCGCGCUGCUCUUUGCCGUCUGGCAUCCCGGCCGCUGUAUUGGGUCGAAGGUGCGCGGGCCCAAGAGGUUGGCUUCGCAUCCGGUUUGA